UCUCGCACAAAUCAUUGAUCCCGACCGAAUUACGCCAAACCUGGGCACAUACAUGGAGAGUUCCCGCUGAAACCGUCCCGGAGGAGGCCGUUCUAGGCGCGUCAGACUCGGCUGUGGGAGGAACAGCUGGGUCCCUGCUCCGGAUCAUGUGCGCGGUCAAAAAAAAUAUUUUGACCGUGCGUAAUUUCGGCUAAAGCGCUAGCAGCCCCGGUUUAUGUUACUGUCCUGCCCGAUCGUUCUCUCCGAUCUAAAGCUUCGAAAGAGCGAGGACAAUGAAAAAGUUUAACAUCAGGAAGGUGCUGGAUGGGCUGACAGCCGCGUCCUCCUCCUCCGUCUCCUCCUCCGCUCAGCCCGGGACUCCCAGAGACGCCGACCCGGUCCAAGAGACGCUCCAGUCCGAACACUUUCAGCUGUGUAAGACGGUUCGUCAGGGGUUCCCAAACCAGCCGGCCUCCAUGGCAUUUGACCCGGUGCAGAAGAUUCUGGCCGUGGGGACCCAGACUGGAGCGCUACGACUCUUUGGUCGAGCUGGAGUGGAGUGUUACUGUCAGCACGAGAGCGGAGCUGCUGUCAUCCAGCUACAGUUCCUCAUCAACGAGGGGGCGCUGGUGAGUGCCUUAGCUGAUGACAGUCUUCAUCUGUGGAACCUCAGGCAGAAGAUCCCGGCUGUGCUGCACUCGCUCAAGUUCAACAGAGAAAGAAUCACAUACUGCCACCUGCCGUUCCAGAGUAAGUGGCUAUACAUCGGGACAGAGAGAGGAAACAUUCACAUUGUGAAUGUGGAGUCCUUCACACUCUCAGGCUACGUCAUCAUGUGGAACAAAGCCAUCGAACUAUCCACCAAGACGCAUCCAGGGCCUGUCGUCCACAUCAGUGACAACCCCAUGGAUGAAGGAAAGUUGCUGAUUGGAUUUGAAUGUGGGGUCGUUGUGCUGUGGGAUCUGAAGUCUAAAAAAGCCGACUAUCGCUACAACUACGACGAGGCCAUCCACUCUGUGGCGUGGCAUCAUGAGGGGAAGCAAUUCAUGUGCAGUCAUUCUGAUGGGACUCUGACCACAUGGAACAUCCGAGCGCCGGCCAAACCCGCGCAGGUCAUCACCCCACACGGAAAACAGCCCAAAGAUGGAAAGAAGCCAGAGCCAUGCCGACCCAUCCUCAAAGUGGAAUACAAGACCACGAGAGCCGGUGACCCCUUCAUGAUCCUCUCGGGGGGUCUGUCCUUUGAGACUGUGGGCAGGAGACGAGAUUGUCUGACAGUGAUGCAUGGCAAAAGCACCGCAGUCCUGGAGAUGGACACUGCCAUAGUGGACUUCCUCACACUCUGCGAAACUCCUUAUCCCAAUGAUUUCCAGGAGCCGUACGCUGUGGUCGUCCUGUUGGAGAAGGAUCUCGUCGUUAUAGACCUGGGACAGAUUGGGUACCCGUCCUUCGAGAGCCCGUACCCAUUCAGUGUUCACGAGUCUCCGGUCACCUGCUGUGAGUACUUCGUUGACUGUCCGGCCGAACUCAUCCCAGCACUUUACUCUGUGGGCACCAGACAGAAGAGGCAGGGCUACAGCAAGAGGGAGUGGCCCAUCAGUGGAGGCAACUGGGGACAAGGGGGUCAGAGCUACCCAGAGAUCAUUAUCACAGGACACGCUGACGGGAGCAUAAAGUUUUGGGAUGCUUCCUCAUUGAUGCUGCAGGUUUUGUACAAGCUGAAAACUGCCAAAGUGUUUGAGCGUGCUCGUGUGAAAGAGGAGAAGGGCAGUGUGGACGCAGUGGACGAUGACCCUUUUGCUGUCCAGACUCUGAGCUGGUGUCCAGACAGCCGGCUGCUCUGCGUGGGUGGGGUCUCUGCUCAUGUGAUCAUUUACAGGUUCAGCAAACAGGAAGUGACCACAGAGGAAGUACAGCUGUUGGAAGUUCGUAUGCAGAACAACUUUCCAGACUCUGCUGUGGACUCUCCAGACCCAGGGGGGGACCAAUCUCCUCUGCCCCAAAACACUGCACCCUCGAGCCCCCAACAGGACAGCCAGGACCCCCCCCUACCUCCUGGAACCAACUCCACUGACACCGGGCCCAGGGACAACACAGCCUGUCUACAGCUGCGGACGGCUCCUCUGAAGCAGUCCCCGGGGUUCCAGGUGGAGCUGGUGGUGCAGUUGGUGUGGGUGAGCGGGGAGCCUCCUCAGCCCAUCUCCAGUCUGGCCAUCAACUCCUCCUACGGCCUUGUGGUAUUUGGGAAUAGCUGUGGCCUGGCUGUGGUGGACUUUGUGCAGAAGACACUGCUCUUGAACCUGAGUACGGCUGACCUGUACAGCCCUUGUGAGCCCCGACAGCCCCGCUCCCCCAGGAAGACCAGGCAGCCCUCUGCAGCUCUGUGCGAUUCCAACGAUGGCGCAAAUGCAUCAGAGGAGCGCGGCAAGUCUCCCACUUCAGGCUCCACCUCUCCUUGUAACUCAGACGAGGAACGAAAACAGAAUUUCAUUGAGAAGGGUACAUUUAUGUUCAAAAACAUUUUUUUAUUUCCAAAAUUCAGACUUUCCCUGCAGCCAUUGUUCAUUUUUGUUUUAUUUCCAGUGAAGUUCAAAAGCAGGAGGUUUUCCCGGAGCGUUGCCAAUGACUUUGCAAAGAUGUCUCGGAAAAUUAGCUCCCCUAGUGACCAUGCAGAUAAGAGCCACAGAGUCACCACUAGGGGGAGCAUUAAGACCCCGUUGAGCAGGGGGCACUCUACGACUGUGUCUGCUCCCAACUAUGUGAAGGAAGCCUCGUUCAGUCGUUCUCGCAGUUCCAGCGUGGCGAGUAUCGACCGUGAGUCCAGGGAGGCCGUGUGUGCCUUUGUGUUUUGUGAGAGUUUUGCUCGUAGAGAGAUCGCUCUGGGCGCGUGUUUGCUCGUAGGCACCACACAAGGAGCUGUCCUGAUGUUGGCCCUGGGGCUGCCACAUUCACCAGAGCAAAGACAUCAGCAGCAUCUGACCAUCGCCUCCUGCGGCACCAUCUCCCAGCUCAAAGGAGGCAUCCUCACCAUGGCCCUGCUGGAUGCCAGCGGUACUCUGCUGCUCCCUGCCUAUGAGCCGUGGAGCGACCCAAAUGCCUCAGACGAGGAGAAGGAGAGGAUAAAGAAACGGCGCCCGCCCUCGCCCCCUGGCUCUCUGGAGGGGCAGGAUAGUCAGUUCUUGGUGCUGUGUUCAGAGAAACAGGCCAAAGUCCUGGCUCUGCCUUCACAGACACAGCUCUACAAACACAGCAUCACAGAGGCGUCCUUUGUGCUCUGUGCUGACGUGGUCAAUAUGGGUGGAGCCAACUGCCUCAUGUGCUUCUGCGCCAACGGUCACAUCAUGGCCCUCAGUCUGCCGAGCCUGCGCCCCCUGCUGGACGUGAACUACCUUCCUCUCACAGACAUGAGGAUCGCUCGGACCUUCUGCUUCUCAAACCUGGGCCAGGCUCUGUACCUGACGUCUCCCACUGAGGUCCAGAGAUUGACCUACAGCCAAGAGACCUGUGACAACCUGCAGGAGAUGCUGAGUGAGCUGUUCACUCCAGUGGAGACUCCAGAGGCUCCAAACAGAGGUUUCUUCAAAGGGCUGUUUGGGGGAGGAGCUCAGUCCCUGGACCGUGAAGAUCUUUUUGGAGAGACGGCGGCAGGCAAAGCGUCCCGCACGCUGGCUCAGCACAUCCCUGGCCCAGGCAGCAUGGAGGGCAUGAAGGGCACGGCCUCAGGGGUGGUGGGGGACCUGGCUCGUGCCCGAGUCGCGCUGGAUGAGAGGGGCCAAAAACUGUCCGAGCUCGAGGAGAGGACUGCCGCCAUGAUGGCGAGCGCCGACUCCUUCUCCAAACAUGCCCACGAUAUGAUGCUGAAAUACAAAGAUAAAAAAUGGUACCAGCUCUGAUCCAAUGCUUGUGGAGCAAAGCACUCUGGGAAAUCACGCACACUCCACCAUCACCGGACACUUUUUUCAGCACAAAACCAACUUUUUAUUUUUAUAAUUUUUAUGAUUAUUUAGACUCUGCUUUACCUCAAGUCUCUAGAGGGCGACAGCAGAGCUCACACUGGCCAAAACCACCAGGGGGCGACAGCGGAGCUCACACUGGCCAAAACCACCAGGGGGCAACAGCAUAGCUCACUGUCCAACGCCACCAGGGGGCAACAGCAGAGCUCACACUGGCCAACACCACCGGGGGCGAUAGCAGAGCUCACGCUGGCCAACACCACCAGGGGGCCACAGCGGAGGUCACACUGGCCAACACCACCAGGGGGCGAAACACCUGCAGUUCAAAGUUUCAUGAUGGAGUACUACAAGAGAAGUACCACAGCCCCUCAUGCAUCUGUUUUAUGUUUAACUAGUUCCACUCCAUAACUACACCUUAAUUAACCUUAAUAAAACAUGAACAAAGACUUAAUUCAUAACAAACAAAUACUUUAGUAAGAAUGAAUCAGGGCUAGUAACUUCUAAAUUAAUGCUAUACUCAAACUAACGAUUCUGGUGUAGGGUCAACCACAUCCUUGUCUCCUUGUUAUUGCUUUUUGCCUAGAAUGUUCCACAGUAUGGCAUUAAACUCAUCUAUCUUCUUGGGGACAAGCAUGUGAUGCUGGUUUAUCCGUUCUAAGCUACAAGUCUCAUCGUACUAUUCCAGGCCUAGCAAAAACAUCUCCAUGGAGCAGGUAGCGGACUCCCCAAGAGAAGUUACAGAAUGCACUUUUUAAGUAACUGGUGUAUUAAGUAGAUACUAAGCCUGUAUAAUUCUUAAUAAGCUAUUUGCUCAUGCUUUAUAAAGACUAAUUAAAGGGCCCAUAUUACACUGGCCCACUAGCAUUAAGGGGCCCAUAUUACACUGGCCCUCUAGAAUUAAAGAACCCAUAUCACUCUAUUCUCUGAUCUGUUCUAAUGUUUCCUCAUCACAAACAGACCUGGAGUUGUGUUUGUUUCAUUCACACAUGUUUUAACCCUAUAGCAUCGGAUCCUAUCGUCGCCGAUAGAACACGGUUGCGGACUUUCCAGCAGCGUAACUCCGCAACCAGUCGUGCUCUCAUGCAAAUUCAAACGGCGUCUCAAAGCGGAGGCACGGGGCUAUCUAAAUAUUUUACCAUCAUUACGGUAAUCUGCCUCUGUUGUCCCUCGAAGGUGACGAAUGAGAGCGCGGGUGCUGCGGAGAUUUUCUAAGUCAUUUAUUCGAUGCGUAAAAGAAAAAAAUACAGAUGGAUGUGUAAAAUAGAAGUAGUUGUGUGAAAAAAUGCAGUACAUUCUGAUACUUCCUUUAACAUGAUUUUUAUGGCUAAAAAAAGAAUAAAAGUCUAGGUGAGCUAUACUGGCCCAUAGUGUGCUCAGUCCUUAAAGGGUUAACCCACAAACCCUGCAUAUUUAGGCUGAGUUCUUCUCUCAGACUGAAACCAUUCUGUUCCACCUUGUGAUGUCAUCAUGUGGUAAUACAGGAAGUGCUCCAUUGUGUUUUUAAACUCUAUACACCCUCACUAGAAUCAUUUGGGUGAUUUCAGCCCUGGUAUUUCCAAGCUCUUCUGAACUAAAGGUAAAAGGAGCUGUUAACUUUAAAACCACCACUUCAUGACAUGACAAGGUGGAAAAGAGCAUUUUGAGCAUUGGAGAUGUAGCCAGGGUUACUCAAACAUGAGUGAAUGAGGUAACAGUGUUCUAACAUGACUAAAGCUGACUGCAGUAAAAUGUGGUUAUUUAAAGUGUUACCACUGAGUCUGGCAAAAGUUGAUGCUAAGUCGCUGGUGGUGGCCUGGAUACAUUCUUUCAGUCCUUUAAACAUUUUUAAACAUUUCUGCCAAACUGGAGGAGAUAAGUCUGAUCUGAAUUCCUUGAACAAGUUCUGUUUUGUAACUCCUGAGUCAAAGAAGCUUGUCGCGAGCGUUUUAUUUAUUUUUGGAGUUGCAAUAUAAAACACUGUGCAAAAGUGUUAGGUUUUUACAGUGGGACUAAACACAUAAACUGUCUUCAAACACAGUUUUGAUUAUUCACAUUAGACGUUUUCCCCUCCACACUCACUGCUCUGGAUGCACUUCCUUCUCCAAUUUUAUUUUCUUAAUCGGAUAUACUCGUAGGAUUCGGAAGCGUCAUGUACUCGUUUUGGUACAAAUGAAAAAAAAUGGGCUGCUCGCUAAUGUGAUGUGCAGCUAUCCAUAGGGGGAGCUGACAGCAUGCGGUGCUUUGUUGUGAUGACGUUUAUGGCGACGUCAGUUCCCAUUGGGCACCGCAGUUUUCUAACGUGGAAGUCAGCGGAGUUGUUUCUUUUAUGAAGUGGUUUUAGAUGAAUAUUGUGAUUUAAAAUAAAUUAUGUAAAUUAUAACAGAAUGGUCCACGAGAUGUGAACUAUAGAGGAGUGCAGGCUUUCUUUCAGUGAAUUCUUCCAGUGAAUCCUUUCAGUGAGUGUGCCGAUUCCUCUUCGACUUUUGCACAGUAUUUUAUGUUUGUAUUGUUUUUUACAUUAAGGGCAUUUCUGCAUCGCCUCAAGACCAAGGGCUGGUAGAUUAUCACCAAACUGAACUGUGAGUUUUAAAAUUACAGUAUUUAUUGGAAAUAAUAUAUGGCGUAAAUUAAAUAUUUUUGGGCAUUAUUAUUUUUAAUUUAAGGUUUUGAAGGCACAAAAAGGUGCGCAAAAUGUUUACCCCUAAAAUGAAGUUUACACAGAAGAAACACUGGAAUAUAUGUAGGUCUGGGUAUGUGAAUUGAAACAGGGCUGUGACCCAGUCGUAGAUUUGGAUUGCCAUAUUGGAGUUUUUAUCUUGUUUAGCAGCUGUUGUGUUGAUGGGGUAAAAGCAUGGGUCUCAUUCAGCACAUGUGGUAAAUGUAGUAAAGAUUUUGUAUUGAAAUGUGUUUUCUGUCUAAUGCGUAGAACAGCCAUAACAUUACAACAAUGGCUCCUGUUACAGGGUUUAGUCCUGGCUCAGUCCUGGCUCAGUCCUGGCUCAGUCCUGGCUCAGUCCUGGCUCAGUCCUGGCUCAGUCCUGGCUCAGUCCUGGCUCAGUCCUGGCUCAGUCCUGGCUCAGUCCUGGCUCAGUCCUGGCUCAGUCCUGGCUCAGUCCUGGCUCAGUCCUGGCUCAGUCCUGGCUCAGUCCUGGCUCAGUCCUGGCUCAGUCCUGGCUCAGUCCUGGCUCAGUCCUGGCUCAGUCCUGGCCUAAUCAUAAUUUUUGGCUGUUCUGUGUAUAUACAAACCUGCACAUUUAUUUUGAGGGUUGGACAAUAUUAGGUCAUUUUUCCCAAAUUAAAUGUUCUCAAGUUUAGUUUUAUUUGAUCCAAUGACGGAUGUGAAUUUUAAAAUUUUAAUAUAAUUAAGUUAAACUAGACGUUAUUGUCCUGUUUUGUCCCAAACUCGUUCUUUUAAAUGUACUAAAUUCACUUUUCUUUUAUUGUCAGGGGUUUUAUUGUGAAUACGCUGCCAUGUAAAUCUCUUGUUCUUUUAUUUUGAAGUUGCACUGUAAAAACACAGUUUUUUUUCUGAACCAAAGAUCUUCAUUUCACAGCGUCAUCUUAGAUUAAUUUCUACAACAAUCAAGUUUGAAUUUGCCUUUAAAACGGCAUUUCAAAUCUGCCGAGUUCUGCCGCAGUCAGUAAAGAGGCGUCUUGAACAGGACUGUUUGUUCUUAUGUAAUGGGCCACUUACCUGUCCCGUCCUGUCCCAACCUGACCUGUCUUCACCUGUACUGACCUGUCCUGACCUGUCCUGACCUUUACUGACCGCUUUAUGCUCCAAGAAGAAAGAGUUUUAAGACAAAAAGCGGUGGAAAUUGUUUUAUUUUCAACAGAACUGGCCCUGCUCAUCUUUUUGUGGCCACAUUUGGACAUUCCGUCUGUCCUGCUUUGGUCAUAUCUGACCUUUUGGUCUGUGUCUGGCUGUUGUCACAUCUGGACAUUCUGUCUGUGUCCUGCUGCGGUCCCAUCUGACCCUUUGGUCUGUGCCCUGCUGGGGUUACAUCUGGACAUUCCGUCUGUGUUCUGCUGUGGUCACAUCUGGACAUUCCGUCUGUGUCCUGCUGUGGUCACAUCUGGACAAUGUGUCUGUGUCCUGCUGUAAACAACAGUUUGUGGGUUUGCACUAUUUUUGUACAAUUUUUUUUUUGAUAAAUUCAUUGUUUAUCCAGUUUUCCUUUGUUUUUUGGAAGGACCAAAACUUGACAGAUCUAUGCUCAUAUCUGUGUCAUAACUAAUGCUACACGUUUAAUGUCUAAUAUUUAUAUAUCUGAAGAACAUAUCUGUAUAAUAUACGCCUGAUUUCAAAAAACCUUUAAUGUUAUUGAAGGAUGUCCAGAAACAAACCGUUUGGGCCAGUGUUUAACAUGUCUGAUAUUGUGGGCCGAUCCUAUAUAAUGACUUUACGUUGGUUUACAUGUCUUCAUGUCACACCUGGAGGUGAAGGUAAGAUAUAAGGGCAAGUGUGAUGUCACUUCCUGUCCAUGCACAUGGCAUGGUCACCGUUUUACUCUUCUAGUUUUUUAUAUUUUUAAAACAACUAUUUUACUUCCUGGUUGAACAGUGGCAGCAGAUAUGACGUACAUCGAUGUAGUUCAUAACUGUUACCUAGCAACCAUAAUGUAAACAAAGGCUAAAACGCAUCUCACUGACAACAGUUCUGAUUAGACUCAACUAAAUAAAUGUGUUUUCAUUUAUCUGUAUAUUUUGGGGGAUUCUGUUUUAGAACUCGGAUACUUCCUGUAUUUUUGUACUUUACUUUUCAGCCUUUUCCCCACAAACUGCCACUGCCCUGAUCUAAACCUCCACUGGAACCUGCCGUGUGCACUUCAUAGGCCUGUAUUCCAGCGACCCGGGUCACUCCUGUCUCCCUCCUGCAGUGACCUUUGGCCUAUCAAGUUCUUUGGUUUCAGCCCAAACGCCUCCUCUUCCUGCACACUGAAUGGUGCAUGAACCCAAGUGUUUACAAACUUGAAUCUCUGGUGUAGUAUUACCCCUCCCCCCGUCCAUCCACCUGUCUGAAAGAGGGGUCAGGGGUCAAGGGUUACGAGUUUGGUUAGGGUAAGGGUUUAGGGUUAGGUUAGCGUUAAGGGUUAGGGGUUAUUCUUGGAGUAUUUUUGUUAUGGUUUGCUUCAUGUGACCCUUUGUCCUUGUUGUAAAUGGGUUUGAAGAGUAACCUCUAUAGAAAGACAUUUUAUCAUGAAUAAUUGAUAUAUUUUAAGGUUAGGUCGGGAAAUGUGUCCCCUGCACCCAGGUGUUUCUCAUUAUAAACAGGACAGUCUUGUGUGAUGACAUGUAGUACUUGAAAUAACAGUGGUCACUGGAGGCAGCACAAAGCUGUAAAUGUACCUAGUUUUCACUAAAAUGGGCAGGAAAUGACCAUAGGACCAGUCGACACCCAUAGACAACACCAGGGACAGUUUAGGAACAAAAAGUGGAUCUGAUUUUUAGUUCCACUUUAAUACAACAUAGUGACAUUUCUCCCUCAGUCUGUCAUCUGCUCCUGACAACAGACCGAUACUGUUUAAACAUCACGGUGCACACGGCGUGAGGAGGGCAGGGCCGGUGCACAUGGCCUGGGGUUGGUGGGGCUGUUUCCAUUGUCUGGAUGAGUUUCUGUGGAGUAUUUUGUCAUAUUUGCCGAUUUUUGUACAGUUUUCUGAAACUUUUACGUCUGACUCUGCCAGUUUGACUGUAGAUAACAGUAUAUAUAAAUAUACAUAUUAUUGUGCAAUGGAAAUAAAUGUAAAAUCUAUCAUUAUC